UAUAGGAAGGGUUGAAAUAACUGCUUCGGAUCCAGGACUUGUUGCUCCAUUUACAAUACUGGUAGGGACUGAUAUUACAUCUGACGCUAGCUUUUUUGAUUUGUGCUCUGAGAGUUCUAAAAGUAACCCAGUUACAUUUCUUAGAAUGUAUUGCUCCGCCGUUGGGAGGUACAUUUUGUUACGACGUCCAGGGUUGAUGAAACUUGGUUUAUGCGACGUACAAGUCUUUACAAAUAACAACUUUGACUUCUCAGAAGUAACUUGUUCCAAGCCAGAGCCUGGAUUAAACUCUGAAGUAUAUGUAAACAACGGAAUAACAUCAGCAUACGCCGAGGGGUCGAUUGCUUAUUAUUAUUGUGGAAGUUAUAAUGAUUUUAACAUUAUUGACGGGAAUAAGACAAGAACAUGUGCAAGUGAUGGAACUUGGACGGGCGAACCAUUGAACUGUAAAGACACCCACAUGGAAUAUACAGACUUGGGGUAUGAUUGGUCGUCAUACUAUGAAGGUGGACCUAUGCCUUGGCACUCAACAUUUAAACUGAGUUGCCCACGUGGCUCUUUCAUCAUAAACCCCGAGUUUACUUUGUACAACGGUGUGCGUUUAGGAAUAUGGGUACAAACCAGCUGCCAAAGUAUCGUAUUCGAUUCUGAGAGUAUGUUGGCCUUCACAGAGGGAUGCUUGAAUCAACAACGUUGUGAAGUGUUUGACGAUUACGAGAAUGUAACAUAUGAUGACAGUUGUUAUAGCAAUGAGACGAGAGACGACCUUUUGGAUGUUGUUGGGGCUAUUACACAUUCUUGUCAAUAUGAAAACACCAUACCUACUUUUGAUUUCAAUAUAUCUGUCAGAGAUACGUCGGUGGCUAACGAUCUUGGAUUCUUAGAUGGAGUGCCAUUUCAAACAUGUGUUGACUUUAAUCCAGGAUAUUUCAAUAUUGAGUUGACACUGCAACGUCACGUCCAGAUUCAUGAGAUGAUAAUAUCCGGACAACAAGAAUUUUCUCGGAGUAUGGGAGGCAGAUUAAAGGAGUUUACAUCAUCGCCAAUAGCAUGGGCUAUUGUCAUAAAUGACUAUAUCUUCCCAUAUGACGGCACCGUGGACGCCUGGGAGUUUUAUUCUGUAAAAACUGGACCAUUUUUUAUUGACGUCUACAGACCUAAUAGAACACAUUUCAUCCAUAUUGGAAAAAACAUGAUCAACGUCAUUGAAACUGGUCAUCAACUAUACAUGGUACCCUUAGCAGAGAAAAUUAGAUAUAAAGCAGGUGAUGUGUUGGGUCUUCACAGUCUCGAAACCGGAAUGCGCACAACAAUAUCAAUUAUCCAUCCUCUGAGGGAUCCCCCACAUGAUGUUGUCGAGUCAAACGAACUCAGCUGUGUAUCGUAUAAUGGAGCACUUUUUGAUGAUGACAUUGACGUGGGUUUUGUCAUGCCCCGUGUUCAUUGCAACGUAAAGGUCCAUUUUGCAAUACGUGCCAUAAAUAAUGAUCCACCAUUAACUAUGAACAUAACUACGUAUAACGAGGCUAUCGACAGCGCACCAGUGUCUUGUGAUACCGGUUUGUUAUUUGGUUAUGGACCAUCAUUCUCGGUGAAUUGGACAGAUUGUGGAAAUACGUUGCCCACUGCCAAAUAUAUAAACAUCAGCGGGUAUUCACAACACUCAUUCUCAAUGUGUCACCUUGAUAUUUAUGGAAUCAUAGAUUGCAAUCCAGUGACCCCUGUCGACAAUUCAACAAUUGUGAUGGGUGAAGAUAAUAGCACUCUUUUCAAUGCAACAUACCUGAGUAUAUGUGACGAAGGAUUUGAAACAAUCAAUGGAACGACUUCACAAGUUGUUACAUGCUCCUCGGAAGGAAGAUGGCUUGGUGCACUAAAUUGUCAACGGAUUGAUUGUAUGCAGCCUAUAUUGCUGCCAAAUAUGGAUCCCGUAGACUCAAAUAAGACAUUGUUUCUUGAUGUCAUGACGGUGUCUUGCUCAACUGGAUAUGAAAUUGACGCUAAUAUAUCGGACCAAAACAUUACUUGUAUGGCAAACAAAACGUGGCAGCCGCUACUGCAAGUUUGUAGCAUAAUUCACUGCGAUGUUCCUAACAUUACAGAUGCAUCAAUUGUGCAGCCCAACAUCUCGACAUCCUAUCUCAGCGAAGUAACAUUUGAAUGUAACCCAGGGUAUAGAUUCAUGACUAACAUUUCAAACAUUACAUGCCAAGCCAAUAAAACAUGGACUGAGUAUCCUAUAUGUUUACGAAAAGAUUGUGGUCCUAUCCCUAUUGUUGAAUCUGCUAUUUAUACAAAUGAGCAAAAUUCAACAUUGUUUGAAUCUAUUGUCGAUUAUAUCUGCUUUGAAGGUUAUGAUAUGGUAGGUGUUAAUACAACAUUAGUCAUCCCAGAGAAUGCUAUUUCUAUUCGAUGUGCUGAGGACGGUGUAUGGGAGGUACCACCGGCGUGUACAAUAAAAAACUGCAGUUGGAUCCCUCCUAUUGAAGAUGCUAAAAUCACUUAUAUGAAUGAAACAACUACAUUCCAAAGCACUGCUGAAGUUCAAUGUGAUAUAGGUUACUCAUUGAAUGGAUCAACCCCCAUGGAAUGUCUCUCCUCUGGAUUAUGGUCUCAGGCACCUGUUUGUUUGAUUAAGGACUGUGGACAAAUCCCAGGUCUUGUCAAUGGGUCAGCAUCAUGGAAUUCAACUGUGUACAACUCUACCAUUGCCUACGAAUGCGAUACUGGUUACACGUUGCAAGGCCUAGACUUCAUACAAUGUCUCGAAACUGGCAUCUGGGACACACCGCCAUAUUGUGAGAUAAACGACUGUAGUAAUAUAACAAAAAUAAACAAUACCAAAAUAGAUCUUCUUAACAAUGCAACAGUGUACCAAUCCAUUGUUUUGUUUGAAUGUGACUAUGGAUACGAUAUGUCUGGGGGCAAUAUUUCCGAAUGUCUUGCUAAUUCCACGUGGUACCCAGCGUUUCCAGAGUGCAUAAUAGCUGACUGUGGCCCUCCUCCGAAUAUUUCAGAUGCUUUUAUUGUCCACCCAAACGGUACCAUUCUCACUACAUUUGGCGAGCAAGUCCAAUAUGUUUGCUCUGUCGGUUACAAUUUGUUGCAUAAUGACACAAUAGAAUGCCAAGCUAACCAUAACUGGACGAACGGCCCUACUUGUGAAAGAGUUGACUGUGGCGAAGGACUCGUUGAUAAUAGUGUCGUGGCAAACAUUACUGUACCUGAAGGAUUCGGGAACACUACCUUUGACACAGUUAUAAUGUUCGAAUGCGAUUAUGGCUUCAAACUUAUUGGAAAUGAGACAACUCAGUGCGAAUCAACUGGAAACUGGUCAAUGUUACCAGAAUGUGUACUUAUACAUUGUGAAUCUCCAAAAAAUAUUUCAAAUGGCAAGAUACUUGGAAACAAUUUAAAUACCAACAUCACAUAUGAUUUUGAUAUAGUUGAUGCUGAGAUUGUUUAUGAAUGUGAUACGGGCUAUUCGAUGAAUGGGAAUGAUACAAUCAUAUGUCAAGACAGUGGGAACUGGACAGAACAUCCAGUGUGUGAAAUAAACGAUUGUGGUCGACCAAAUGUUCCUAAUAAUGCUGCAUGGGUUAAUGGAACAGACAUGAAUAAUACUUUUUAUUUGGCGGAGUGGAUUUACACCUGUAUUGAUGGCUAUAUUGAUCUGAGGAAUGGAUCUUUAACAUGUGGUGCAAAUGGAAAUUGGACUGACGUUCCUUAUUCUACAUGUAGGUACAUUGACUGUGGCCCUGAUGAGUUACAAUACGGCAAUGUGACCUUAUUGGAUGGAAGGACAUCUUUUGGGGCACGAAUAGAGUAUGAAUGCCACAUUGGGCACGACAUGUAUGGCUCGUCCAGUGCAGAGUGCAUCUUGGAGAACAAUACCUUCACUGGUGUAUGGGCUCCAUUGAGUCCUGUUUGUCAAGUACAAGAAUGUGAUAUGUUUACUGUAGCAGAUGGUAAUGUUAGUGCUGUGUAUGAUGUCUAUAUGGAAAGAUGGCUUGAGGAAUUGUAUCAACAGCAUAUCACCGAUACUGAUAUUGUUUCAACCGUGUUACCAACUUUGGAUAUAUCAGGAAGUGGGUCUACAAGUAGUGGGGAUUGGUCAGGAAGUGCAUCUGGGAAUGGUUCGAAAUAUGCUGAACUUUCAAGUGGUUCAUGGUCAGGGGAAAAUGAAAAUGAUCCUCACGUUGAAAGUGGCUCUGGGGACUUUUAUACCGAGGACAUAGUAUCUAGCGGGAUCAGAGAAGAUAGUUGGGAUUUAACAACAGUAAUGGAUACUGAUGAUUCAUUUGAAAUUGGCAAUCAAUCUCCAAUGCUGAAUGAGCAAAAUCUAACAGAUAUUAUCAACAACUUUACCAAAAGUUACACGCUGAAACCAGUUUUUGGAACAAUUGUGGAAGUGACAUGCAUUGAUGAUUAUGUAGCGUACAAUGAUAUUGCUAGAGCCAGGUGUGGGGUUAAUGGAGUUUGGACAAACAUACCAGUAUGUGUACCUGCAUUAGUGAUGGAAAUGAUUAGAAAAGAGAAAGCAGCAGAAAAAGCAGAAAAUCCUUCAGAUCAUCCACAACAGCAAGACAAACCGAACUCUCCUAGUGGAAUCUCUAUCUCAGAAGACACCAGGAAAACAUCUUCGGAACCUCCAAAUACAUCAACGUUUGCAACAACUUGGUUCGAUAUUUUCGCUGAACCAAAAACUACAGUGCAAAUAACUACUGUCACGAGCGAGCCAUCGACUGCACAAAGCACAACGGAUUACUAUUACGACCAAACAACAGCACUUCCAAUUGUGAAAUACGAACGGGUGAAAAAAAUCAUCAUCCCUCCAGAGGAAGCAAAGCAGGCCACAUCUGUUGCAUCUCCAUGGUUAUUUGUUCUCAUUGGAGGAUUCUUUUUUGUCUUUCUAACGGAUGUCCCAACCUAUGUUGUGCAAAUCAAGAAAGCAAUUGGACACAUUAAAAGUUACAUGGCCUACAAAGCUCACCAAGCUAAAAUUGCAAAUAGGAAUAACAAAAUUGGCAGUAUAGAUAUGGAGUCUUAAUAAUCUGGAAAGAUCUCAUAAACGAGUUUUAGUUAAAUGUGGAAUGUGACCAUUUCAUAGAAUACAUGAAAACAAGCACAGUUAACAUUGUAGUUGAACUUGUACUCAUAAAUUACGUUUUUAAAUGAUUCACGUAAAAUACUGUGCCCUAGAAAACUCAUAUUUCCAGAGGCUCAUCUUACUUUCUGUUGAGAUCAGUUUGUAUUGCGGGUGCAGUUUCACAGGGUGUGAAAAUGCAGGAUAAGUUCAUGUUACAGGGACCAAUCAAACCGCUGAACAUGUCAUAUAUAUACAGGGUGAUCAUUAAGUUCUGGGAAUUCGUCUGCCAUUUCAAUAUUUUUCAAGCAAUUUACUUGAAAGGAUAGGUAUGGUGGACCAAUUUAAUUUUCUCUUAAACCAAUUAUUGAAAACAUUCUGUAAAAACACGGUCCUUUAUGUAAUUUUGCCUGAUUGACAACAAUUUAAUGCGAAAAUUAUUUUUAUAUAUUUUAUAUAACUGUUUUUGUUAACAUUUUUUUGUUUUUAGUGCAGUUGUUUUUGUUCCUUUCUACCAAUUCUUGAGAAUGAAAUAAAAUAUCUUUCCGAACCUUGUUGGAACAAAAUAGCAUAUACAACAUUUUCUUAAACCUCUCAAUAUUAUAGUUGGAAAAUUUUGGUUGAU